AUGUCGAGCCUUAAAGAUAUCAUGGACGUAGAUGUGGAGCCUCUUGAAUCUCAAGCCUAUAGAAGGAAGGAGGUCGCUCAACAACAAGCUUCUCGACCAUCCAUUGAUCCUUCAUCUCAAAGUCCCUCUCCUCAGCUUGAUGAUACUAAAGGGAAACUAUCCAUGAACCAUCGAAGAUCAAAUCGAGUUUCAAAGUCGUCUACUCAACCUACAAUAUCGCGGCCCAAUUCAUCACGGCGGCGUAGCAGCGGUGCUGGAGAAGCCAUGGACUUUUCGGCCUAUCAAGGUGGUGGAUCAAACCAAAGAAGCAUAUCGGGCAGUCCUUCACAAACAUCUUCGAGAGGGGGAAUGGAACCAAUGGCAGAUAUAGUGCCUAUUAAAUACACACCUGUGACUGGACGUAUUAGCAGAGCAAAGAAGGGUAUACCAGUUCAUACAUGCGACGACUGUAGGAAGACAUUCACCAGGGCGGAGCAUCUCAGGAGACACAAACUCAGUCAUGGUAAACCCGCAUAUCCAUGUACCUUUGAAGACUGCGAGAGAACAUUUCAUCGCCCGGACUUACUUGCACGUCAUCUCAAUCGACACGAGACACAAGGCGAGAAGGCAUACAAAUCUAGUGACCCAAGAAGCAGGGCCUCCUCAAGCGCAUCGGAGAGUGCUCCUGUAAAGUUAGAACCUACACCUCAUGGAAUCCCCAUGGGCCUAGGUCAGAUGUCUCCAGAAAAUCCAAUGACACCUAGAACUUCAGCGGGAACGGAUCAUUCUGUCCUAGCUCCGACUUUCAAUACGAUGACGGGGAAUUUCCAACCUGUUGACUUUUCAUCGGGAAGCUCUCAUAGAGGGUCUGUCAGUCAAGCUCAAGUGACCGAUGUGGAAGUGUACACUACGGCAUCACCUGGUUCGGUCCCAUCUAGGACCUACGCUGAGAUGACCCCGACCUUUAAUGUACGACCUAUGCCAGACUUUUCUGAGCAAGACCCUAUAGGGCAACGAACUCCAGCUUCCAAGCGUUAUAUACCGAGGAAUCCCCCUCAUGCUCUACCACUUCUACGCAUUCCCGAAGAACCUUAUAUGCCAAGUUUAUCUUACACGCACGACAACUCACCCUGGUGUUCAUCGGCUUCCGAUAGCACAUAUUCAGAGAGCUCACGCACGGGGAGAAUAGCACACAGAGGUCGAUCUGGAUCGUUAGUCGCAGGAUCUGAAUGGCCUGUUCCGGUUCCAAAUGGGCAGUGGACCCAUGGUAUGGCUAGUACAGCUCAGGACCUUAGAAGUCCACCUUACGAACCAAUGAUGGAAUCUUAUGAUGCACCUUACACGCCCCCUAGAAUGUCACCGCCAUCUCGUCAAUUGCUUGAUGUGCCUGCUUAUAAUUUGGGGGGAUAUUAUAUGGAAUCAGUGGGUAAUCCUCACACCUCAACAUAUAAUAAACACUUGGCUCAGACUUUUCUUCCAGCGUCCCCUUCGCGAUUAUCCGACCCCCGAUUGGCAGUCCUUGAUAGAAGACCGAAGGAGUUGGUGGGAUACCAGCAAUUAGAUACACUGACGAACAUCGAAACGGUCAUUUCAUCUCCUUCCCAGUCCGCAACCUCUGACCUCGACACCUAUCUUUCUUUAUAUUGGAACAAUUUCGAUAAACUGUUCCCAAUAAUCCACCGAGGAACAUACAUAAAAACCCAAAAUUUAGCACUCACCUUCGCAAUGGCUGCCAUUGGCACCCAGUACCACACAAAUCCUGAAGCACGAAAUCACGGCGUAGAAUUCAACGCUUACUGUACUAACAUAAUUCCUGUGGCAUUUGAAUGGCCAAUACAAAUAAUGCAAGCAAUAUUACUUACAGAGAUAUUUACUCGUUUCCGUGGUGCAAAGACCACGGUUCGCCUAUCUCGCCAGUUCGAAGAGUUAUACAAUAGACUCUCAAACCCUUCACCAAUUUCCGAUACCAACACUACUCCUACUACUACAAGUACCUCUAAUGUUCUAUCUAAUCACUUCAAUACACGAACUAGAUCUCAAGACAUUCAAAGCAAUUGGCUGCUCUGGGUCGACACCGAGUCACGACAACGUCUGCUAUGCCUCUGCUUUAUUUUCGAUAUCCAACAAGCCAUGUAUCACCAGCAAAAGCGAGCCAGACUAUAUGUCGAUCUCAACAUACUAUACACGCCUUGCUCGGAAGUUCUUUGGGAUUCAACUAAUGCAGCUGAUUGGGCUACCAACAAGACAGGGAGCAACACAGGGCAACCACUCAAUGUCGUGCAAAAUCAGUACACCCAGGAGAACUGUUCUGAGCCUUCACAUUUUGCUCAGUCACUCAACGUGUGUUUCUUGACAUUUCAACUUCCCAACCAUGUCGAUCCUGACCAUCACUAUCCAAACGAUUAUCAAAUACACAAUAUCUAUCCCACAAUACUCGAACUUGUAACAUUAUCUCCAGCAUCUUCAAUGGCAUAUACCAAUAUCUCAUUGUACCACACGCCACUGCGCGACCUUUUGGCCGUGAGCGGGGAUACCUGGGUGUUUUCUCAAAAGAUUACAAAUCAAACCCAAUUUCGCGAAGCACAGUCACGUCUGAAAACUUGGUCAUCGUCUCUAGCAGCAGCCACCGCCACGCAUUAUGCUUGUCGCAUCUUACUCUCCGAGUUUUCAGCGCCAUACAUCCCAUCUUCCUAUAGUAACACAACGCAACAUUCUCCGGACCUUUCUCACUAUUGGUCUCUAAACAUCGCCGCCUUGAUCUGCUGGGCAUUUGGACACCGAAUCAGCGGAAACAGCGGUGCUUUUACAGCUCUAGACUUUAACGCUUCUCCCGAAGCUUCGGGGGAUGUACGACUUAAAGCUCUCGUGUAUCUCAGUUCUAUGGUAGAGCUAGAUAUCAAAGAUCUCCUGACUAGCAAGGCGACUAUGCGGGGAGAAAUCUCCUAUGUUAUCGAUGCAGUGCGCGCAAGACUAGAGAUCGAUAGUGUUGGAGGCCACUGCAUGAGUCUCGUUGAUUCCAUCUGUGUUUUAAAGCGUCUUAAUGAGAGCGGAAGAGGAAAGUGGUUCUAG